UCCGGAGCACCAGGGGGCGCUAAUGCGCCCGUUGAACACUGUUACAGUUUCCAAAGUGGCUGCCCGCGCAACUCAAACGGGUUGUGUACACCGGGGAGGGGUAGGCAGUAAACGAAUGUCUAUGGCGUAAACUUUUCGGUCACAUCACUUCACUAUGCUGAUAAGCCCAGAACAGGAGGCCCUGAUUGGCCGAGUAUUUGAGACCUAUCUGACGGAGCAUCAUCAUGGUGACAUUCUCCAACUCAUUGCAUAUGCCAGCGAAGAGACCCAUCAAGCGGUUGUUGUGAACGCCAUGACGUUGUUUGAAGCCAAUAUGGAGGUUGGAGACUAUUUCAACGCCUAUCCCAAUGAUGUCCUGGCGAUUUUUGAUAAAGUGUUACACAGAACAGCAAUGGACUUAUCACAGGAUGCUUCUCCCAAACACUGUGGAGGACAAAGAACAAAAGAGCAGAGAAUGAGACACACUCUCCAUGCCCGCAUUACAGGUCUGCCAGUUUGUCCAGAACUGACCAGAGACACCAUUCCCAGGUCCAGGGAUGUAGGGCACUUUUUGUCUGUCACUGGUACUGUCAUCCGCACCAGUGUUGCAAAGGUUCUGGAAUACGAGCGCGACUACAUGUGCACAAAGUGUCGCCAUGUUUUUGCGAUGCAGGCGGAUUUCGACCAGUUCAAUGUCUUUGUCCUGCCGGUGGCCUGCCCUAAUCCUGAUGCGUGUAACUCGUACAAAUUCAGCUGUCUGUCGAGAGGAUCUGAGCCGGCCGCCUGCAGGGACUAUCAGGAGAUCAAGAUACAAGAACAAGUGCAGAGGCUGUCGGUGGGUAGUAUUCCUCGUUCUAUGGUGGUGGUCCUUGAGGAUGACCUGGUUGACAGUUGUAAAUCUGGAGAUGACGUGACCGUCUACGGGGUGAUGUGCCAGCGCUGGAAGCCCUUUAGUGACGCUACUCGCUGUGACGUGGAGCUGGUCCUCAAAGCCAACAACAUAGAAGUGAACAACCAGCACGCAGCAGCUUCUGUGCUCAUGAAAGACAUUCAGCAAGAAUUUGAAGUCUUCUGGAAUCAUUACAAACAUGAUCCCGUAGCUGGUAGGAACCAGAUCUUAUUGAGCCUGUGCCCACAGGUCUUUGGCAUGUAUUUGAUCAAACUGGCAGUGGCCAUGGUGUUGGCCGGUGGGGUGCAGAGGAUAGAUUCUUCUGGGACCAAGAUCAGGGGGGAGUGUCACAUGCUGCUGGUUGGUGACCCAGGCACAGGGAAGUCUCAGUUCUUGAAGUACGCUGCUAAGAUCACGCCUCGCUCCGUACUCACAGCUGGAAUUGGGUCAACUAGUGCAGGACUGACCGUGGCGGCAGUGAAAGAUGGAGGUGACUGGCACCUUGAAGCCGGUGCCCUGGUCCUGUCAGAUGGUGGUUUGUGCUGCAUCGAUGAAUUCAACAGCAUCAAGGAACACGACCGUAUCAGCAUCCAUGAAGCCAUGGAGCAACAGUCUAUCAGUGUGGCCAAAGCUGGUAUGGUUUGUAAGCUAAACACUCGCUGCACCAUCCUGGCAGCGACCAACCCCAAAGGCCAGUACGAUCCAAAUGAGCCGCUGUCUGUGAAUGUAGCCCUGGCCAGUCCUCUGCUCAGUCGCUUUGACCUGGUCCUGGUUCUGCUGGACACCAGGAAUGCUGAGUGGGACCGUGUCAUCUCCUCUUUUAUACUGGAAGACAGAGGCCUGCCUACCGACUCUUCCAGCCUGUGGCCCAUGGAGAAGAUGAAGGCGUAUUUCAGUGUGAUCAAACGUCUGCAGCCGCAGGUGUCCGAGGAGGCCAACAGCAUCCUGACACGUUACUACCAGUUGCAGAGACAAAGUGAUGGACGCAAUGCUGCUCGCACCACCAUCCGCAUGCUAGAGAGUCUGAGCAGGCUGGCUGAAGCACAUGCCAGGCUCAUGUACAGAGAGACGGUGACGGUACAGGACGCCGUCAUGGCCGUCUCUGUCAUGGAGUGCUCCAUGCAGGGCGGUGCUCUGCUGGGAAAUGUAAACGCUCUGCUCACCUCUUUUCCGUCUGAGCCCGGUCAGCAGUAUGAAGCUCAGUGUCAGGUUCUGCUGGAAGGACUGAGCCUACCACUGCUCCUUCAGAAGGAGAUGGACAGACUGGCCAGGCUAAAGAGCAACACCUCCCAGUUUGAUCCAACAACUGCUCAUAACCAGCAUCCUCUCGGAGAAAUCACCGGUGACUUCAGGGCUAAUGUCACGGUGGAGAGUGGCCUGGACUGGUUCCACUCCAUCACGUCACCAGGUGAUAUGACUUCACCAGUCAUUACAUCGACUCAAAACCUCAACACAACCACAAAACCAAACUCCAGUGGGUCGAAAACAGUCCCAGCGAUUGAUAAGCCGAACUGUCAAACUGAAGAGGGCAUUCAAGGUAACACAGGCUCAACAUUAAACCAUGGUGGAACAGUUACCGUUUCCUUAGAAGAACAAAACAAGAAAAAUGAAAUCAUGCAAGAAAAAAGCUCUGUAACCCAAGAGGAGGUCAAUCAGCUGGAGGGACAGAUAGAUGACCAACAUUCAGAGAUGUUAGGGUGUGUGGUCCAGAAAGUCUCCAGGAAUCUGAGAGACAGAAGAAUCCGGCAGCUGGAGCUCAAUGAUCAGCAGGGUGACCGAGAGGCAGGAGACAGGGCGAUGUCUACGGGUGGUGCAGGUGGAAAUGUGACAAGUCGCAGCACACUGUCCUUAGAUAAAAACUGCAAAUCGAAUAAACUGAUACAGGAGGACCAGUCCUGUUGCAAAGAAAGGAGAUUUGAGAAAGAAGACGAGAGGAACCAGGCUGAGGAUAGGAAUAUUAGUACUUUGCUAAAGGAAAAAAUGGCAGCUGAAUUUCACACAAAUAAAGAGUUACAUGCUAAGUUGUUAGAAUUUACAUUCAAACCAAGGAAGAUGAGACCUUUACUCCACAACCACGACUUCAGUGCCAGCUCGGGUGUCAGUGCAGAGCUCCAAACUGAUUGUAUCCCAGGCAGCAGAGAUCUUCACAUGUCCACAGAAAGCAGAGUAGAUAAACAGAUGUUGGUCAGUCAUGAUGAGUCCGUCAGCCCACCUACAGACUCAGAGAAGAACAACAACCAGAACCAGUACCGAAACCCAGUGGAAGUUGGGUGCAGAAGGAAACCGGUGAGCUGUGUCAGUGAGGCGGGAGAGCAUGGAUCUCGUCCUUGUUUCACAUCAGUCGAGCUGGAUACAGAGGAUUUUUCCUCAGGUAAGGAAAAACCAGCACAAGGAAAAACUGUAGGUAGAAUAAAGAGGAUUAAUGAUACAGAAAAUCUGUGUCGGCAACAAAAAACCAAAGGUGAUGAGACUAUAGCAGAUGGAUUUAGUGGCACCCCGGCUUUAAAUUCCAACACUCAGAUCAAUGAUUCAGCACCGUUCCGACCAGGCCACACAAAGUCCAUUAUAGACUCCUCGACCUUGGCUAAACUCUCAAGAUUCUCGUUUACCUGCGGGCCUGAAGCCACGACCACAGCUCAGAAGAAGGUGGAAAAAUGUUCCUUUAGGAGAACCGUUGCUGAACGCUCGAUAACAAAUUCUGAAGUCAUGAAAAGUGGAGAUUCCCCUAAACACAGUCCCUUGGGAAAGACAAUAAAAAAUGCUGUAAUGAUGGACAAAGUAAUGGAUGUAUUACUGUCUCCGGCCACAGGGCUCACACCAGGACCAGAGACACAGUCACCAAGUAAAACCAUCUGUCCUGGUGACUCUGUGAGCACUGUGAAUCUGAAGAAGAGAAAGUGUUUUGAACUGGGCCGUGGUUCCAAGGGUCCAUUCUCUGGACUGCCCCUCUUCGGCUCUGUUGAAUUCAGUAAUGACGUUCUUGACACUGACUGGGAUCAAGAGGUUUUAAAGAAAACCAAAGUUUAAUAUCAUAUGUUCCUGUCAAAAUGUGUUCAGGGAUGAAGUACACCGCAGUAUUGUACAUGAUGUUACAUUUUGUGGUGAGGCACAUGAUUUGAAUUGUUUGUCUGAUGUUACCCCCCCCCCAACCUGAAAAUAAACCUCUUUAUUAAUUAC